AUGCCUCUCUCACAUGGGCAUGAGCCCUCUCUCCUCACUUGGUCUUCACUCCUGCACUCCCUGCCAGAUUCUGUCCGCCAACGGGUUCAACAGAACCGUGACGCUGAAGAACUUAAAAUUACUUUUUUUGACAGGAUUGAUAUUUUUUUGGAUAUAGUUUUACGCAAUGGCUAUUUGCAGUCAUCGGAGCUUCAGCACAUGAUCAAGGCAUCGGAAGAUGCCACGACUCGCUCCCUUCCUUCCGUUGACACUCUGAUUGAGUCUCUCUGUAGGAGGUACGAUUUGGUUACUCAGCACCUGAUAAGGCACCUCUGGACCCAGAGGGACAUAAAUGAUCAACUUGAAGCACGCCUAAAUGCCAAAUGCUAUGCUUACCGUGAGAUUGUGCGAACCAUGGGCGUCAUCACGGGAGGUUCAAACGGAAAAGGGCUACUGUACCGCAUAAAUAAGCGGCUUUCUGCACUAAAACAGGAGCUCAUCAGCCUUCAUUCUUCUCGAGAAGCCUUUGUCAACGCUACGAGGCAGAGUCCACUUCUACAGCACAUCUCUCGGUUUGAAGCAACUUGUGCAGAUGCACGCAUACACCUAGAAGCACUUUUCGAGAAAGUUGAAGCGCUUGCCCAAACCUCUCUUUCUACAGUUGUUGUGUCUUCAGCUGUAGAUGCUAAUAGUUAG